GAGCUCUGCUUACCGAUUCGAGCGAUUCCAAUCAAAAACCUCGCCCUCCCUUUUUAUUUAUUACAAAGGCAAAAUUUCCACAGUUCGAUCGCCAUUUGCGUACGUGUACAUUCGCGAUAAUUUGUGGUGCGGCGGAAAAACGUGAUAAUUUCGAUUACAAGUGCGUCGACUAUAAUCUUUAUCGUUACGCAAACGCAGUGCAAGUGGAAGAAUUGUGAAUAGUUAUAGUCUUGCUCUCUGCGAUAUUUUCUUAUUGGAGCGCUGAGAAAGCAGUCAGGCAUCGAAAAAUGUGCUUUUAGUAAAAUUAAAGAAAAAUCGUGGAAAAAUGAUUUUUUCAACAGCAAAUCUCGACAAAUUAUAGUAGUUAAGUGGACAUUUUGUGAAGCAGCAGAAGUAUGAUUCAGCUGAAGUGAAAAGCAGUGCAGAUAAGAGGAGAAAAUUCCCAAUAACUGGAAUCCGUAUUUGGUGUGGUUCGCAAAAAGUGCAGCUGAAAAGCAGACCAGAAGGCAGGCACCAUGGAUUCGACGUCAGCAGCUGCCGCAGUGGAACCGGGUGACGAUUCGACGUUUGUUCCCGGUCUAGUUAUCAAACAGGAACCAGCAGUCCAGCAGAGUGGUGGUGAUUCAGUGUCUGGGACCGAUAACGACGGUGGGCGAACCAUCCGCAAAGUGACGGUGCUGGAUCCUUUGAAGCUGAAACUGCUCAGCAGACAGAAUCAUAACAUGCUGCUGUCCGGUUUGAAUGCAGCCAAAGCAAAAGCGAAACCUCCUGCUCCUAAACCACCACCGCCAUCAUCGCCAGCGGCAUUGACGGUAGCGGAAACAGAAACACACCCGAAAGUGACCGUACCCAGUAGAGAAACAGAAGUUUCGGCAGCAUCAUCGCAGCUACCAUCAGUCACCAUAACCAGAAGUGCACCAUCAACGUCCAAAGCGGGAUCAGGAGGCGGCGCGACACUGUUCAGAAGGCAAAAAGCUGUACCGGUUGCCAUCGCACGCAAACUAGCUCAACGAGAGAAGGCUAAGCCGCAACCCAAACCGGUUGAAGAGUCGCAACCUUCGGUGGCAGAAAUUCCCUCGGAAGCAGUUCGAUCCGAAUCGGCCCAACCAGAACCUGUUGCAUGUGAAUCUGUUGAAUCUGCCCCGUUAGAAUCCGAACGCUUUAGGCCCAGUGCGCCCGUCGAUGAGAGCAAUCAGCCUUCUCUAGUAACGAUAAAGCGCGAACCUCCCGAACAGUUAGCACGCCCGACGGCAUUCCGCCGAAUUAAACCGAAAGUGGCAAUAUGUCUCAAUACGAGUAGACCGAAGAAAUCAAUUCUGAAAAAGACCAGUUCGUCGGAAGGGUUGCAUUCAACAUCGAACGAAUCGAACAAAUCUUAUUUGAGGAAUUUGAUUCCGGAGGAGACGAUUGUGCUGGAGGAUGACGACGACAGUGCCGAAGAUGAGAAGCACAAUGCCAAAGGCGAAACUAUGCAAAGGAUAGAAAAGACUGUUGGAGAUGAGUGUGAGACCCGGGAAAAUGUACGGCGAAUAGAGGAAGUCCGCUUCAGGGCAGCUGAAGAUCAGAGGAUACAAGAAGAGGCAAAGCAAAUGGCAGAAGAGCAGUGUAGGAUACAAGAAGAACAGAAAAAGCGCGAAGAAGAAAGUCGAAGAAUACAAGAAGAGCAAAAUAAGCGACGAGACGAAGAGGAAAAAAGACAACAAGAAGAAGAACAGAAAAGGAUUAAGGAGAAAGAGGAGCGAGAGCGGUUGGAACCGCUCCGUGAUCGUGAUAGAAAAACUUUUCAAAUGCCUUCCGAAACCUGUAAACAGCGAAUGAAUCCACACCAGCAGCAUAAUAUGGCGGAUGCAAGCUCAAGGGGGGAACCAUUGCAAAUCCCUAGCACGACCACACCGGAUUAUGUUACUGUUGAAAAAUCCGAUGUGGCUGAUCAGGAGACUGUUAUUGUUAAUGCUCCUGUUGAAAAUCAGAUAGAACUGGUGCAAAUCAGCGAGAAGCCUGCUGUGCAGGUGACACCAAAUCCCACCAAAGAAAUCCGUCGAAUAUCGCGGCUCCCUCCAAGUGUGGCGAUGAAGUUGAUGAAAUGUGUUGCACUGAAUACUUCAAAAAGUAGACCGCAAGAGAAAGCAAUUGUACCUGUGCUGACAAACCAGAAAGAACCGGAACCAACGACUGAAAAACCUUCUUCGAGUACAGAUUCACAAACAAAACAUAUUAAACGGAUAUCGAGACUUCCGCCGAACUUGGCCAUGAAGCUAAUGACCACGGUUGCUGACAAACAGCAGAAAUCGACAGAGACUCAGGACAGCACGGAAGUUAUUGAAAAGCAGAAGCAGCCAUCUGCCCAAUCAUCUGUAAAUGUAGGGGGAAUCGUAAAGACUGAAUCACAAGAGGAGCGUACUGUGAUAACCGGGGAACCUGCCUCGGCGCCGACAAAAGAAAUUAAACGGAUAGCACGGCUACCACCCAAUAUUGCAUUAAAGUGUUUGGGUGCUAUAAUUAAAAAUAAAAAUGUGACAGUGGCCUCUACUGUGACGAUAUCUGACGCAAAACAUGUUGAGCAUAAGUCUCGGUGUAACAACGAUAAACCUGCUGGGCAAUCCGAAGGGUCAGCGCAUUCAAGAGAGGGGCCACAUUCUUCACAAGUUCAAGAUACAAAUCGUGCCAAAGAAAUACGUCGGAUAUCGCAUCUGCCUCCUCAGAUUGCGAAGCGUUUAGUGGAUUCCUUAAAGCAGAAAGGAAUCACUGUUCCAAAAUUGGAUCUGGAAAAAUCGACUUCUACCGUCAAAACAGUGCCUGCAGAUGUACAACAACCUCCCAGUGAACCAUCAACUCCAUCUUCGGUGGCAUCAAUAUCAGAAAUCAAAAUAGAACCUCAAGAACCUUCCACCAAAUCCAGGCAAAAGGUGGAAAUUCUAUCACAAGUUAUCUUACCCACAGCUUCAUACAAUUUGGAGGAACUUUUAGCUGGCAAAUCAACGGAUGAUUUCACACCUUCAGAAGCGAUGAUACUUCCUUUACCGAUGCCAAGGAUACGAAAGCCAGUGCCUGAUGCUUCAGUGGAGUCGUUAGCAUCAACUGUUAAUGAUUUUCCGAUACAGGACAAUCCCCAGUCAAUGCAGGUGGUACCAGAAAAACUAGCUUCAGCAACCUCAGUUCCACCACCCGUUACUACUGAAUUUCCGGAGGAAGAACACGUGAUAGUGGAAAAUGAUAUCGCGUCGGAAGUUACAGUCACAACAGAAAAUGAAGAAGUAAUGGACUCCACGCAUGAUGACUCUGGAGAAUUGAUCAUUCCAGAGUGCCCAAUUCCUCUGGAUAAGCCAGUGCAAUAUAAAGUAUCAGAGCAUUCGCAUCCAACUAUCGUUCCGCAGCAUCCACAUGUGGAAACCUUGCAAUCAACAGUUCCCAGUAACUCGAUCAAUUCGAAUGUUCCUGUUCAAUAUUCCGUGUCAUGUUCUUCCAAUUCUCAGCAAUCAGUUUAUCAUCAUAGCAUUCAAGCCCCCAUAAUAGUACAGCAGCCAGCAAACGUAUCCAAUUAUCCACCACAGCCUGCUACAUACUUCACGAAAGCACCAAGCAGUACUCAUCAACCUCCAUCGCAACAAGCUUACCAACCGCAGUUUACGCUGAUAUCCCAACCUGGAGCCAAUCCUGCCCGUAUAGUAAACCAGCGUAUUGUGUUGAAUCCUGCUAGCAUGCGCAAUAUUCAACGCCCUCGGUUCCCUACAGCUCAGAUCGUUCUACUACGACAUCCCACACCGAUCCGAGGACGCAUAGUUCCUCAACCCCAGCUCCAGAAUGAUCAUCAACAGCAAAUGCAGCAGCAUUCCCGUCAGCAUCUUACGGUUCCUAGGGCGGCGUUCUAUCAUCGCAUGCCAAUCGUUGGCCAAUCUCAACCAUCGGUCAUUGUUCCUACACCAAGAUACAUAAUUCCAAGCCAACACUCACAGCAACAAAUUGUGCCUCCCCAACGCCCUCAACGUCCUCACGUCGACGUUGUCCCGGACCAUCAUAAAGCAUUCCAACCCAUUCAACAAUCACAUUCGCCUCCUGUAUUUUCCAUCGCUCAGCGUGCUCAGCAGCCACGUGUUAUCCCGAAAAUCAUAAUCGAUAGCAGUUAUGUGGACCAACAAGAACGUAGAACUCCGAGCACCCCAAGCAGUCCGCCAGAACAGGAUCAUUGGAAAAUGUUACAGACCACUUCACCUUGCUCGGAAGCGAUCAGAAACAAACUUCGGGAAAAAGUCAAGUCCAGAAUGUUGCGGCAGGAUACAAAAGCAGAGAAUACUCGUCCGGAAGCACCGACUGUUGUGCCGGCUCGAACUGUUACCAAACCUGUAACUCCGCCAGAUGUUACUAAAGCAGUUACAGCUGUAACACCACCAGUUGUAACUAAAGUCUCUUCGGCGAAAACUGCCGUGGUCGUUCAGCCUCCGAUGAUACCGCCUCGCAAUGCCGUAGUUUAUCAUCCGGAAGACUUCCAGCAACCACGGAUGCAAGGCGUUCGACCACAGCCGGUGUUACCCAAAGCCGUGGACUCUCGCAUCAUCAAGCAGUACUUUUCUCAUGGUAGAAAGAUCUACCUCACCAAGAUCAGCGUUACAAAACCAGCACCUCAGGUCUCGUCCGAACCUCAACAGCCAGUUGCUCCCCAGCAAUACAUGCAUUACAUACAACCUCAAACUGAAACGGACUUCCAUGGUUUCCCUCAAGCAGCGAUCAAGAGUGAUCAACGCAUUUUUCAACAAUUCAGCGAAACGGUCCAACAACUGGAACGUAACAAAAGAUCUGAACUGGCAGAAGACAGUCCACUUGAAAUCCAAAACGUUCAAAAGCUGCACGGUAGGAUGAGGAACCGGAAGCCAAGUGUUGUGACUGCAGUGACGACGCAUGGACUGAAAGGAGAAACGUUCAUCAUCACGGAGUUUAAGGAGCUAACGGAAAUAGCGCCACCAACGGAAGUGCAGGAGUCAAAGGUGACAGCAGAAGUGCCACUCAAACAUCCUCCAAGGAUUACUAAGCGAAGAAACACCUUCGUCGUGGAUGAUUCGGAUGGGGACUUUAAAAUUGAUCAGUUACCACGGGUGGACUCAACAAGUCAGGAGGAUAGCCAAGAAGAUGAUAAAGCACCGGCAGCGGAAGUGAAGGUGAAAAUUGAGGACGAGGGAAGGCUGCAGGCAGUGGACGGAGGAAAAAGCGUUUUCGAUCGGUAUGUCAAAGAAGAGGAGUCCGAGUCAGAAUCUAGUCAGGCUGACGAGGAUUUGGCAAGGGAAAUUUUGGCGUUGGUCGAGAAGGAACGGAAGAGCUUAAAAAUUGAUUCCCAAACGAAAAGGAUUAAGAAGCGAAAGAAGCGCCGUAAACGGCACAAGAAAAAGAAGGAAAAGGACGGUACUGAGCAGAUGGUGGAUCUUCUGAUGAAGCAUGUCAAUCAGGAGUCAUUGAUUGCGGAUAUUGUGGAAAGGCAGCAAAAGAGGUUGCCUGUUGUUGAAAUUUCGGACACGGAUGAGGAUCAGCGUGAUGUGAUGCAUGUUCGUGUGAAAAAAGAUCCGGAUGCCAACGAAGACAUAGUUGAGCGUACAACAAGUACAACUGAUUGUGACGAGUCGGAGACGGAGGGUAUUUUCGCUGAAAUUUUAAAGCCAUUUGUUAACCAGGAGAAGCUGGCAGUAGAAUUGGAAGAUACUGAAGGAGUGCCGUACAAAGCGUCUGAGGAACAAAUACAACUAUUGGAAGAAGUUGUUUCUGAAAAGGAGAUGGUUUUGGCGGAAGAGACGAUAGAUCCGCCGGUAGAGAGAAGUGUUUUGCUUGAACAAGGCCAAACGUCAGAAAACCAGAGCGAACCAUUGUAUGAAAUCAUUUCAUCGGCUUCCGAGCAGCAAACAGUGCUUACUGUUCCUCAAGAGACAACGGCGGAGUUUGUUUUGCAGGUGCAGGAGCCGACGGUAGAAUUAGUAGCUAAGGAGCAAGCCGAUACGCCAAACGAAAGUAGUCCAGUGAAGGUAGCUGCGGAUGUGCAAACAACACUUGAAACACCUAUGAUUUCAGCAGAAUUAGAAUUAGAUAAUCCGAGUACUAUUGCAACUAAUACAAUAUGUGAUCAAAUCUGUGAUAACAGUGCCUUACCGGCGGAAGCCCCGCCGAAGAAAGCACCUGCUCUUAGAGCACUGAAACGCAAGCUCAAACCUACGUUGGUUUCCCGAUCUAAGGUCCGAAAAGUGGAUCCACCAGUGAUUCCUCAAGCUGCACAGAUUCUUCGAGCGGACCCAAUCGAAGAUGAUAUCGAAGACUCCAGUGAUCCGUUCUCGGAUCGAGACGAACGACCGCCUGUUACAAUGCGAUCAGACGAGGAAACUCAAUCGUGUGAAGUUGGAGUUGCUGAACAAAUGGACGCCAUCAAUCGCACUGUUCGAGAGCUGGUGAAUGAAUGGGAUUCCGACGAAGGUGUUGUAGCGCAGCCGUUGAAGAAACCCGUUUCGUUUGAUAACAACGGUAAUCUUCCUUGUCGCAUAUCGAAAAACAAUGCGCUUAAACGUUCUGCAAUACUGAAUGCUCCGGUUUUGGAGGUUCCCGUUGAGGAAAGUGGCGAAGAGAAAAGUCAGGAAGUAAUUGAGGAGACGACAAAACAGGUGGUUUCCAGCAGCGUAAAGUCUGUAAGAGUUUCUGUACUGCGGAUGGAUUUGUUGGAGCAGUCACACACUCCUGAACCCGCUGAAAUGGCAGAACCAGAGGCUAGAGAGAAGACUCCACCUAGAAUUGAGGAUGGCAGCCACUCCGUAGCAAAUUUGCUGAAAGAUUGGGAUGAUUCACCGGUGAAACAUCAAGAGGAGAAGGUCACAAUGUAUGCAAGGGUGCUGUUAGAUAGAAUUAGUAGUGACCAGCUCAACCAGUUGAAUCACCCGUCUAUAGAAAAAUCAAAACCAAGCGAAAUUCUAGUGGAACCGGAAGAUACAUCUGCCAGAAAUCCACUGCCAACGAGCAGCAACGAGAAGAAAAAUCAAGAUGAAACGGAGAUCAACGAACCAGAAAGAAUAGUUGCACGUUUCUCACUGGGAGGAUUAGAUGUAUCAGAAUUGCCUGAUAAGAAUAAUUCCGUAUUGUCGCAACCAGAUGUGCCCUUACCUGUUGGAGAAGUUGAUACGCAGAUAGUUGUUGAAAGCCCUUGCAAAAGUCAGCAAACAAACAAUGCUUCGAAUGAUAAUGAAUCUCCUACUACUCGGUCGAAAUCAUCCAAAGAAAACUCUAUCCAAGAUUGGAUUCAAGAACCACCGGUUAUCGAACCAAAUAAGCUGGUUCCGAACAGAAAAAAAGCUUUGCGCGGUAGAGCUGCAUCUGUUCUGUUGGACCCGGUGACACAUUGUGCAUCUGAAAAUCAGAAACCUGCAGGCAGGACUCUGAGAAGCCGUACUAAAUCAAUUUUUGCCGAUAAGGCACCUCCGAUAAUGGAACCGGAUACAGAAGAACCGUCGGAACAAACAAUUGAAACUAAAUCGGAAGAUGUUAAAGAAAUUUGUACUAAGGAGGUGAUGGAGGUUGCAGGGGGGACAGCUUGUGUGGCUCAAAAGGAACAAGAAUCGAAAGAACCAUCCACUAUAACUACCACUGCUAGGCCAACUCCGGUCAUUCGGAAUCGAGUUCCGAUUCAGAUAUCCUCAGAAGACGAAGAUGAUGCCCCGUUGGCCAAGCGCCGCAAAGUGCUCCGAAAAAGACGUUCAAUGACGCGCCAGGGGAAUGCUAUCCGUGAUCUCAACGCUAACAAACGCUUGUUCAGAGGUGGCGUCACAACUCACGAAAACUCUUUCAUCAUAGAUGGCUCCCACCUGGGCGAAUCAACGUUCAUCAAAACCGAGCCUGAGGACGUGCCGGACACUCCUGAAUAUGAGCAGGUCCCAAGUGAAUCUUUUGCCGUCACUUUCCCUGAUAACCAUUCGGAGCGAUUGCUUUCGGUUGUCACUGUACACAAUAACCAGGUAGUGCAUGCGCAAGAUUUUGCCGCCGGAUCCACUCCACCCCGGAAUCAGUACUUUGCCAAAGAUUUUGUUCAACCAGCCGCAACUUCAACUCCCGUCGCGGAAUCGUCGGCUCCCCCUCUCUCACAAGACCAUGUAUUUGCCACCCCAGAACCAGUUCGAGCGGCCAAACGAAAACGGCGCACGAAGCAGGAAAUGGAAAACGAUCGCAUUGCAAAGCUUAAGAAAGAUGAGACAGAACCACAGUCUGAAGUACCUAAACAACAGGAAGUACCUAGACCUCGAGGCAGACAGUCCAAAGUUUCAGCGCCAAUUGAAGUAGCAGCUAUUGAUCCAUCGGUUCGUGAAUUCCAAUGUGCCGCUUGCUCGGAGACUAUUCCACGCCAAAACUGGGAUGCUCACUACAUGAAGCACAGCGGUCUUACCUAUCGAGUGAAUGUCGAUCCGGUGAUUGACUUGACGGACGAAACAACGGCGGUGGCCACCGUGACCCGCUUCAUGAAGACCCACCGACAGGUGACCAUCUACUGUGACAAAUGCAACGUGGCGAAAAAAUCGGCCCUCGGAUUGGUAUCGCACCGGCCGGUGUGUGGCAUGACGCGACAGGAAAUUGAAAACAGUAAGAUUCCGUGUGAGCAUUGCGGCCGGAAACUAAUGUCAGUCAGUAUGAACUGCCAUCUGAUGUCGCAUUGUUCGGUGCUCAAACGGCAGAAAGUGGAGCAGUUGGUAGAAAAGCACGAGGAAGCGCCCGAAAAUGCAGACGUCGAUCCGGAGAUGCUGAAUCACCGAGGGAUGGUGAAGCGACAAGCGACUGCCAGGGCGGAAAAGCGCAUUCAAAAACUAACCUUCAAUGAGUUGAUCCUGACGGUGUCUAAGGGGACCAUCACUGACGGAUGCUUGUCGUCCUGGAAAACGCAAUUCCGGAAGGCAAAGGUAGCGUUGUGCGUCUACCAAACAUGUUCCUUCACAGGGAAAGACGAGACCGAAAUGAGACACCAUCACGAGUUUUGCCCGUCGCCGUGCGAACUCUUCGAGUGCAAGCGCUGCAAAUUUCAGACGCAAUGUAUGGAUUCAUUGGUAAAACAUAUCAAGAUAAGACAUCCGGACGUACUGAUAACGAUGGCGUUGGAUGACAGCAGUGGCACCGAUGCGAAGAUUACUUCUGGAUCGGAUGAUGAGGGAACUUCCGGAGUGGACGACAACGAUGAUCCAUUUGGACUAGGCGAGGACAACGCUAAACCCAAGAGUCGAAAAGCUAAGACUUUAUUGAACAGCGGUAAAUUACUAACCAGGGAACAGUUCAAUGAGGAAUGUGAUGUGUAUCGUGAAAUGAUCCUGGACGAAAUUAUUCAGCUGAGAUCAUUAAAAUCAGAUUUUCAUCUGACGGCGCGCGAAUGGACUGCCGAAUUCCGAAGUAAAUACUACUCGCAAACAGUUCUAUUUCCGACGUUACUUCCCGAUUUGGAUGUACGGUUUCUCACGUUCAACAUGGUCCAGGAUUACAUUCCGAAGCGUAUCCGUUCCCUGCGGUUUAUGACGCGUAGCACAAACCUCUACAAUGCCCCGAUUCAACCACAAGAUUACAACGAUAAGUGGCAGCGCUUAGAAACUUUUGCCGGACAGGUUAGCGAGAAAGAGUCAAUAUUCUACUGUGGAGGACCGGUGGUGGCCUUGGAUUGGCUUCCCGUGCCCGAAGGAAGGACUGAGCACCAGAUUCUGGCAGUGGCGUGUAAAAAUGAUUUUGAGGAUUUCUACUUGGCGGACCGUAUAUCCCCGAUAAAGUGCCUAAUCCAGAUCUGGAACGUGGGUUUCCUUGAAAAUAAAGAAAUAUCCAACAAAAAAGUGGAGAAUUCCAAACCCGCGCUGAUGUACUCAAUAGCGUGCGACUUUGGUCCGAUUUUUGCUUUAAAGUUUUGUCCGAGCGGUUGCUACAAUUCCAAAAACACCUCAGAGUACGAUCGUUUGGGUCUACUGGCCGCAGCCGGGUCCGAUGGAAACGUUCACAUCUUUUCGUUGGCUCACAAUUACGACCACAUGAUCUCGAAUAGUUACCGGGUGGUGAAUUUGAAUCCGGUCCUGAAGUUGACCCUUUCAUUAGCUGGCGAUAGUCAAUGCCCACAGUAUGAUUCCCACAGUGUGGUAAAAAUUUCUUGGUCUAAAAAUAGGAAACACUCAAUCCUAGCUGCAGGUUAUUCCAACGGGGCGGUUGCCGUGUGGAAUCUUAACUCGACAUCACCGAUGUUGACCGGCACAAAGAAUAACAUCCGAGCGUUACUUCCUAUCCACAAGCUGUUCAUUCCCGACUCAUGCAUAACGGCUUUGGAUCUUCACCAUACGGAUAAUUGUCGUUACCUCAUGGUAUGCAACGCGGACAGAAAAGUCGCAGUGUACGAUCUAAACACUGGCUACCUGCCAUUGGAAGUUUGCAGCAUGAACGCCCGGAGUAAAGUAACGACGGCUUGCUGGAAUACUCACUUCCCACUGAUAACAAUGGCUUUCGAUGAUGUGUAUGCCAUUGACCGGUGCGCUCUGACGUUCCAUCAAAUUCGUGAAAUUGGUCUACGGUUGCAUCCACUGUUCACGUUUACGGCGGAAGCAACCGACAUGAGUAGCAGUGAUCAUCUAUCGAACCAUGUGAUUGGUACGGAUGGCGGCGAUGUGCUGAGCCAUAAGCCGCUGGCCUUUAUUCAUUCCAUGGGUCAAAAGAAUUCCCAUCAGAUAAAAUACGUUCUGUCAUCCACAUUAUCGGUGAAGCUCAACGAAGAACAGACGGAAAAUUCUUAUGCCAUGUUCGAGAAAAACUACAGCAUUUUAUUUUCGGACUUUGACAAGAAUCCCUCUCGAAUGGAUCUUAAAUCGCUACAGGUGAAAACGUUCCGGCGUGCCCUGCUGCACGAAUAUCCCGGUAUUCGGGUUAAUCAGGUCCAGUGGAAUCCUAAUGACAAGUCUCACCAGUACUAUGCCAUUGGGUAUCAGGCGGGAUUCGUUCGCGUGCGCCCUUUCCGGCUAAAGUGAGUUUGAUUCCACUGCAUUUUGGAUUUUAUUUUGCAUGUGUAGUAAGUACACAAUAAAUGAUGAAUUCGUCAUCGAAACUGAAAUGGUUUGUGAAAGUGAAUCUGGCUACUGUCGACAGUGGAUUGAGGAUGAUUUAGAAAAGGAGACUGAUUUGGUAUAUAUUAUAGUUUUUUAUUAUUUUAAAAACAGAGAAGUGAUAUUUUAGUUCUGAAUAAGUUACAAGACGAAAGCAGGUGUAUACAUUUUUCUUAGUUUUAUUUGGCAUUGAGUAAACUCGAAAAUUCAGACAUUAAGCAGAAUUAAAGCAUACACAUUUAAAUAUCAUAUGAGAGAGAAGUAAUCGCAAUCAGACGUACAUACGAUCCGUAAAUACGGAUUAAUUUAUUUAUUUUAUUGUAAUAAAAAAGCAACGUCGAAGCAUAUUUUCUUUUUUGCAA